AUGUCGCUUUGGGUUUGUUUUGAUGCCAUCUCCCCGGCAUUCGUAGUUGCGGAGCAGCUGCAGAGUCAGCGUUUCGUGUUUAGCUUUGGGCCUGUGGCUUCAAAUCUCUCGCUCCUUGUUUCGCUACACAACCCUCAGGACCCCCCCACCAGUGAGGCUGGUUUGUUACCCCGCUCGAGAACCCGGAAAGAACCGUUUUCGCAAACAGUCGGAAGAUCGCAUCGACUGGGCGUUACUGUCAACGAAAAUACUGAGUUAUGGAUACGCAAGAAAUGGAGAUUUCUCACCGGCGUGAGAGUAUCCCAAAAAGACCAAAAGACAACGUCAUUUCCACCUGCCGAUGAUUCUCAGAUCUCGCCUAUUUCUCCCAAGUCGCCUAUUGCCGCCCAGUCGCCACCGGUUGACAACAAGGAACUCACUCUGCAGAACACCAUUUACAAUGCGGGAAAGAAUUUCACACCCGUUUCUCGGCGCCAGUCGAGCGCUUCUAAAGCUAACGGCGCUUGUGUAGACGAUGACAGUUCUCCCAAACUGAAGUGGGAUGAGGCGAACCUAUACCUUACAGAGCAGGAACGAACAUCUACCAUGAAAAUCGAUGAGCCGAAGACUCCAUACGUACCUCACUAUGACAUAGACCAGGAAGACGAUGAGGACGAUCCCGACGUGGGCGGAAUCGAUGCUGGCGAUGUUGCUGUUGAUGAAUUGGAUAUGUGCAAGAGCCAGAAGAAGGGAGGACGGAAUCGCAAAGCGCGCGAGGAUGAAAUUCCGGAUCUGGACUUGGGAGAGGCUGAGGAAACGUAUUGGAAUGAUAUAAGUGAGGAUUCAAGGAUUACAAAGACCAGAAGCAUGAGCGACAGCAGUAUGAGCGGCAGGUCUGGGAAACACGUCAUGAUGGGUGAUGGUUGUGGGGAGGAGCUUCGGCGGACAGAGAGCCAGGAGGCCAGGGAAAAACAUAUCGCCUUUGAGGAACACCGGAAAAAGCACUAUGAGAUGGCCGGAGUCAAAAAUUUACUUGGCCAUCCCGAAAACAUCGAUGAUCUCGACGACGACGACGAUGGGGACAGCUCUCAACGACCUCCACCGGUGCCGAAGCUUCCAAAGUAA